AUGAAAUAUCACAAGUUUCCCAGACAGUCAAGAGAGACAUCAACGAAGAAGGUCUUCGCUGCGGAGUUAUUAAUUAGAAAAUGCCAACUGAACAGUUACAGACUAUUGGGCAGAGAAGCAUCUUGUUUACAAAAAUUGAAUAUCCAUCUUCUCCUUGAACGCGUCUUCCUUAACUUUCCUGGAUAUUCACUGAAUAUUGCUCAAAUACAAGCAAAUGUUACAAAGCGACUCCACAAAUUCCGCAAUAGAUAUCCCUUUUCAAGAAACGCAACGCGAGUUUACACGAAGGAAACAUACUACUUGUAUGCCACCCCCAUCGGUAGUAUCACCGUUACACAGGUGCUCGGCGUGCAAUGUGCAUUAGAGCGGUUUUAUGAAGAUUUCGGCAACGCGAUAGCUGCUUGUCAUCUUGGUACUCAUCGAAACGAGAACGAAUGUGCAUCUCCAAAAAAAGCAUACACGCUGGUUCUACUUAGUGACGAAGCGGUAAGUUAUGAAGUCAGAAAAUAUAUUCUUCAUAAGGGUUACGCAGUUGGAACAUUGCAGAUUGGAACGCAGCAAUUUAUGAUCAUGUUUGAUACGGGGGGCUUUUCCAGAUGGCUUGCGUCUACCGUAUUACCGAUGGGAUGUUACAAACGAAAGCUAAAAUAUGACGUAAACUCAUUAACCCGUAUUCCACUCGGAAGAACCCAUGUUUCUGGUUAUUUUGAUGGCAUACAACGAGGAAACAUUGUAACGGAUAACCUUGUCCUUGGAGACUGCCUCAUUCCAGGAUUUCCGUUUGCCGAAAUAGUAGAGACCUCGUGUCAAGUAAUGCCUGGAGAAUAUUUUGAUGGAAUAUUUGGAAUGAGAAAAUCGCUUCCAGGCGCUGAACAUGAUGCUUUUCCAGAAACCUUUCUUGACUAUGCCACACGAUAUGGGGUAGCCCAAGAAAAAUUGUUUACAUUCCGAUUUUGCGGGCAACUGAAUGUGCUGCACCAAGCCGCCUUAUGUUUCAGUGGCUACGAUACUCGAGAUAUCGCGCUACACGCAUAUACGUAA